GGAAGUCAAAGGUCAGUAAAUAGUGGUGAUGUCAUGCAGGCAAGAUGGCGGAAGGGGAGGACGUGGGAUGGUGGCGGAGCUGGCUGCAGCAGAGCUACCAGGCCGUCAAGGAGAAGUCUUCUGAAGCCUUGGAGUUUAUGAAGCGGGACCUAACGGAGUUUACCCAGGUGGUGCAGCAUGACACGGCCUGCACCAUUGCAGCCACGGCUAGUGUGGUCAAGGAGAAGCUGGCUACUGAAGGCACCUCUGGAGCAACUGAGAAGAUGAAGAAGGGAUUGUCUGACUUCCUAGGAGUGAUUUCUGAUACCUUUGCUCCCUCGCCAGACAAAACCAUUGACUGUGAUGUCAUUACCCUGAUGGGCACACCGUCCGGCACAGCCGAGCCCUAUGAUGGCACCAAGGCUCGCCUCUAUAGCCUGCAGUCAGACCCGGCAACCUACUGCAAUGAACCAGAUGGGCCCCCGGAAUUAUUUGACGCCUGGCUUUCCCAGUUCUGCCUGGAGGAGAAGAAAGGGGAGAUCUCAGAACUCCUUGUAGAAAGCCCCUCCAUCCGGGCCCUCUACACCAAGAUGGUCCCAGCAGCUGUCUCCCAUUCCGAGUUCUGGCAUCGGUAUUUCUAUAAAGUCCAUCAACUGGAGCAGGAACAAGCCCGGAGGGAGGCCCUGAAACAGCGGGCAGAGCAGAGCAUCUCCGAAGAGCCUGGCUGGGAGGAAGAGGAAGUGCCAGGGACGGAACCCAGGGCCUCAUCCCUGCAAGAGGAGCCUGUGGGCAUCUCACCCACAUCUCCAAAAGAAGCAAAGGUUCCUAGUCCCACACCUUCUCCAUCCCUCAAAGAAGGAGGACCUGGUCCCCAGAGCCCCUGUGAGGAAACUCUGGCACGCUCAGCUGAGCCUCCGGCAGAGGUGACGCCUUCAGAGAGCAGCGAGAGCAUCUCCCUCGUGACGCAGAUUGCCAAGCCUGCCCCUGCACCGGAGGCACCAGUGCUUCCCAAGGACCUGUCCCAAAAACUUCUGGAGGCAUCUUUGGAGGAACAGAGCCAAACUGCGGACGUGGGCGAGACUGGACCCCCACCCCCGUCUCAGGCAAAGCCUCACACCCCUGCUGGCCGGUUCAGUGGCGCGGAACCCAGGCCCGCAGCGAGAGUAGAGACUCUGAGGGAGGAGGUGCUCACAGACUUACGGGUGUUUGAGCUGAACUCGGAAGACAGCGGGAAGUCCACCCCGUCCAACAACGGGAAGAAAGGCUCAAGCACAGACAUCAGUGAGGACUGGGAGAAAGACUUUGACCUGGACAUGACCGAAGAAGAAGUACAGAUGGCACUUUCCAAAGUGGAUGCCUCGGGGGAGCUGGAAGAUGCAGAAUGGGAGGACUGGGAGUGAGGGGAGCCGGAGCAAGCUGCUCCCCAUCCCCGCCCACAGCACCUGCCACCACCCUCUCGUCUCAGCCCAGCCCUGGAGACACUGAGAAUGUCCCCCAAGUGGCUCUCAGCCACAGCUCUAGUCACAAUUACGGGCUGCUUCUGGCUGGUCACAAUUUCUUGCCUCUGCUCACAUCUGUGAAGAGACUCACUAAAUUCAGACCAGAAACUCUGACUUGUGCCAACCAUCAGAUGACUGCGGGGAGGAAAUGUGCCCCCUCACCAGAAGAGCCUGCUGAACACCCACUAUUCUUGGGGCUCUUGCUGGGAAGUCCCAAAGGAAUAGCUCCAGCCCUCUGCCUGCGUAGACAGAAGCCCAGCCACCGGUGUCCUGGAGAAAACCAAGACGACACACUGUCCAUCCAUAAGCAGCCAAGGAAAGCAUGUCAUCUGCCCGUGGCCAGACAGGGCUGGCGAGCACAUCUUGUCCUUAUCCCUGCUGGGGGGUAAGAGGGUAAGGGCGUCAGUGCUGGGAAUCUCCCCCUCCCCUCCCAGCUAUUUUCCAUUCCUGGAAAAGUUCUUGUGAUACAGACUCUAGAGACCAAACCUUGAGUUCCCACCUCCUCCCUUCCAGCCCAGGCUGGUAUGUUCCCACACUUCCUAGGGCUUCUUCAUGUCAGACUCACCCAAGUCCUUAGCCCAGCUGUGCCGCCUGCCAGAGCCUGCUCUUGUAUUUCUUUCCCUCCCCACACCGGGAGGAAGCCACUUCAGGCCCUUCUGUGCCGGGGGAUUCUUCGUCCGACCAGCUACCCACCUCAACUCCCCUGUAGCUUAGGACACAACCAGCCCGCAGAGGCACAGAGCAGAGAUCAAAGCCGAGUACUUACAGCCCUGGUGAAUCCAGCCUCUCCGCCCCAGCCUUUCUACGUCCUGAAGCAGAAGUGGGGGGGCUUCCUGAGACUUGUCUGCAGAGGUUCUUCCUCCUGAAGACCGAGCAGCCCGUGGCUCUUGCACCCCCAACUGUGGUGAAGUUGCGCCUCUCUGGGGGAGUGAGGGGCUGCAGGAGUCCCUGGAGCCCCUGGUGCUUCCGCUGCUGCUCUGGUGAUUCUUGUACAUAGUCUGGUGUGUUCUGCCGUGAGUUAGAGGGGCCGUGUGAGGGAUGCCGGGAGAUGUGGUCACUUCGACGGCAAACCUUUGGUGAGGGCUGGGGUGGAGACAACGCUGAAUUUUUUUUUUUUUUUUGGAUGGGAUGGGUUUUUCCUCUUUGUAAUUAUUUCUUUAGUUUAAUCUUUUGGUUGUUUGUGCAAUAUUAUAUAUUUUAAAUUAUAAUGCAUCUCCCCAGAGUAUUUUGUAGCCGGGAAAAGAAAAAAAAAAAAGAAAAACAUUCUAACAGCUGUUAGUUUUGUAAUCAGAAAAAGAACUUUGUCCUGAACCUUUUCCA